AUGAUCCCCGGCACCGCCGCAUCAAUGCUACCGUCUGCGGAGGCUGCGAAAUUGUACCAAACUAACUACGUCCGCAACUCUCGUGUCAUUGGACUUUUGUGGGCCAUCUUCACGAUCCUCUUCGGCAUCGUUAACGUGACCAUCUUCUCGCAGCCCUACUGGAUCGGGGAUGGCGUGGAUACGCCACAGGUCGGCUACUUCGGCCUCUUCCACUACUGCAUCGGCGACGGACUAUCCAGAGAGCUGGCGUGCCAGGGCAGCUUCACCGAGUUCGCCGCCAUCCCCUCCAGCGCCUUCAAGGCCGCCUCCUUCUUCAUCGGCAUGUCCAUGAUGCUGGUUGUCUCCUGCAUUGGCUGCUUCAGCCUCUUCUUUCUCCUGAGCACCUCCACCGUUUACAAGAUUUGCGGCUGGAUGCAAGCAGCGUCAGGUGUGUGUUUGGUGCUGGGGUGUAUGAUCUAUCCAGACGGAUGGGACAGUGAUGAAGUGAGGCGCAUGUGCGGGGAACAGACAGAUAAGUACAGCCUGGGGGCCUGCUCUGUGCGCUGGGCCUACAUCCUCGCCAUCAUGGGCAUCCUGGACGCCCUCAUCCUCUCCUUCCUGGCCUUUGUCCUGGGGAACCGACAGGACGGACUCAUGACCGAGGAGCUGCUGGCCGAGAGCAAGGGUGAGGAGACUCGGGGGCAUUUUCACACUUAA